AUGGUAACGGGCGUGCUGCCCCGUGGAGAAAUCGAGCCUUUUCUCGAACUCACGGACGACAUCGGGGCCAACGAGAACCCACUGGUGCACUACAUUGAUUUCAUCACGGGGCAUAGAGACCCAGUCCCCCCCGAGCUCGACGAGCAAUACAAGGCGGCCUGGAAGGACGACAGCUACCACAAUCUGCCGCCACCGUUCGGGUUCAAGACGGCGCCGCAACACCACAUGACGCUGCAGAUUUGUAUCCUUGACGCCCCCGACGGCACGAAGACCAUAAUCAAACACUGCGUCAUCCCCAACAAGGCGAAGACGGCCGUCUUCGCCAGCAUGGCUUUCGGGAGCGUCAAGAAGCUCUGCUUCCAGCAUCCCAAGGUGCACGAUUGGGGAAACAAAAGGGUGGCGAGGGCGCGGCGCCCUCGCCAUUUUGUUUUUCGAUCGCGCCGCCAGGUGGGGGUCAAGGUCUGGCAAUACGCCUUCGAGCGGUUCGGAGGCAAACAGUGUCGGGCUUUCUUCUUAUCGCCAGACGUCAAGACGGCCACCAAGGUGAACGAGUUCUACGAGCUCUCGGACGAGGAUAUAAACGCUGGCUUCGAAUACAUCCUGAAGAACGCGCCUCGCUCCACGGCCGAGCUCAAGCAGCUGGUAUGGCAGACGAAGGCGCUACGCAAAGGCGCCCCCCUCUACGGCUGGCCCGUCCCCCUGGUGGCGAAGGCGUUGAGCGGGCUCGCGGCGGAGGGCGCGCUUGCAAAGAAGGAGUUCGAAAACAACGUGAUCCUCUGCGAGGACCACUUCAACCUUCGCGCUCUCGAAGCCAUGCAGGAGCUGAUCAACAGCAACGAUUCGCUUGUCCUCAUUGGGGGGCCCAACAUCGGCAAGACGCCGCUCGGGCGCGCAUUCCUGAUGGCAAUGUGCCGCAGGAACGCGCGGGUCCACGGAUUGGACCCCGCGGGUUGUUGCAUCCGCGUCACGCCUGAGAUCGAUUUCUUGCGAGGCGAGCCCGGCGACAUUCUCAUGGGGGACUUUGUGGACGAUGGCUGCUUGAAUCUCCUCCCGCCCAAGAUGGUGAAGGCCUUGCUCGACGUCGGCCAGUACGAGAGCAUGUGCUGGGCCAGGUGGGGCGCAACGAAAUGGAAGAAGGGGGAGCCUCGGUGCUUGGCGGACCAGACUUACGAUCCGAAUGCCGAGAAGCUGGACCGCUGGCCCUCCGUGAAGUUCCAGGAAUUCUUCGAGCUCGUGCGCCCUGCCUUCUCCGAGAAGGCGACCCGCGCAUGCAUGCUGGCUUUCUUCAAGCGUUCUGCGUUUCUGGUGAAUACCCAGGAAUACCUCUACUGGCGCCCAGCAGGCACUGAGGAGAAAGAUGUUCCGCGCAUUAACUUCAAGGGCGAGACCUUCCUGACGGCCGAGGGGAAGCGCCUGUACCUACUGCAGAAGGACGGCGACAUGACCCCGCCCGCCAAUAUCCAGCAGCUCUUGGAGAAGGAGCGGCUCCUCGUGGACUCCGCCGUGGAGAAGAACCGCAAGAAGUCCUCAGACGCGGCCCUCGGUUCUUUGCCAGCCCCGUCGUUCGUCCAGGUGAAGCGAGAGCGCGUGUCCCCUGAGCGCCUGACGUUUCGGAAGCGCCUGCUCUCGGGGAUGACGCUCAAUGUCGACAGCCCGUCCCCCGCCAAGCAACAUGCCGCGGCGUCGUCCACUGCAUCUGGGCCCGCGGCCCCGCCCCGCGACGAUCUCGAGGUCCAGCUCUCGCAGAUGCUGGCCGAGGAGGGGGCGCCCGCUGUGCCUGCGAUGCCCUCGGCUGCGGAGGAGGACGAGGUGCGGCGCGCGGGUUUCGCGGGCAGCGAUGGCACCCUCAGCUCGGGCGCUGAUGCCGCGCGCGCUGCCGAGGCCAGGGGUCGAAGCCGCACGCGAGGGCAGCGCUUCCCCCAGAAGCGUCGCAACAAGCGGUCGGUGCAGGCCGCCUCGCGCCGCCGCGACAUUUUGGCCAAGGCGCGGAAGGCGCGCAAGGCGGCCCAGGCCAAACGCAAGCGCUUGGAAGCCACGGGCGUGUUCUACACGCCCAAGCGCCAGCGGGUGUCCCGCGUGCGGCGCGGCAGGUCUUCCUUAGCCAAGAUCUACACGUACGAGGACCUCAGGGCUCUGAAGACCAAGGAUGCUUACGACUUGAUGGUCCAGGCGGGGUACCUCGGCGACCCCUCCGAGAACGUUUGCCCCAGGUGCGGAUGGCCAUUGGGUUCGGUGAUUCACAGGGGCGAGAAGCGGCAUCCAGUCCAGAGGUGUCAGCGCAAGGCCUGCUCGUCGUCCUCGGUGCAGGUGAAGGUCACGAGCGGCACGUGGGCGGAUGUGGAAGUGCCUCUCCCGAAGCUGGCGGGCGUCGCCUUCCUGUCGUGCGGCGCCCUGACGUCCCGCAUGAGUACAGCCGACAUGGCGCUGAUUGCCAAGAUGGGCCACAAGCAGUGCGAGGCGGUCAGGCAGAGUUUGCUGGAGAUCGUCUCGGCUGCUUCGAGGGAAGAGCAGAAGUCGAUCGUGCUGAGCGGCCAGUGCGAGACCGACGCCACGACCCUGCGGGUCGUCCAGCUCAAGAACGGGCGCAACAUGCACAUCCGCGUGUUCGGCAUGUGCAAGCGCGGAGACCACGAACACGCCGUCGUGCACAUGCUGCCGCCCUUCUAUGCGGUCCGUGGCGGCCCGACGCGCCCCGAGAGCACGGAUGAGACCGCGCCGCUGAUCUCAGCUCACACGGGGGCCGACGUGCUGAUCUGGCACACAGACGGAGCGCGGUGCUACCGCCGCCUCGAGAACCACACGAAGGUCAAGCACGCCAAGCGCAUCUGGGCGACUGUCAAGACGCUGACCCUGAGCGGGGGCGACGUCCUGUGCUGCUACGGCGGGACGCAGCUCCAGGACGGGCUGUGGUCGCACGUGAAGAACGUCGUCCCAACCACGAUGAACACGUACAGCAAGGAGUCGCAGGCGCAGCUCGAGAACUGGGUGCACUUCUGGGCGUGGCGCUACAGGCGCGCCAGCUGUCCAGAUAUGUUUCUCGAGCUCGGCUCGGCCGUCGCCAUGGCCAGGUUGAAGGGCCACGUCUGGUGA